AUGUAUAUCAACAACUCUAUCAUCGUAACCGACGGCUCCUUUGCCUCAGCGUAUAAAGUCCUUACCUUACAGACCAACGACCUCAUUCAGAAAACUAUUUUGGGGAAGAAUUUUACAAAAGUGGAGUUGAAUGGACGUCUUCAGUCUCCAGUAUUUAUAGAUGGUGUGAUAAUUUUCAAUGAUGAAAAUGGGAGAUUUAAUUGUCCAAUGGAAUUAAGGCGUGGUCCGAUACUGGUGCAUUACAACUGGUGUAAUAAUCAUGGUACAUGUCACAGAUCCGGCUUUAAGAAAGAGCAAUAUAGAUGUUGUUGUGAUCAAGGCUAUGAUGGUGCUAACUGUAUUCCGACAACUUCCACUAGCACUACAACAACAACUACUACUACGACAACUACAACGCCAAGUACAACCACUUCCACUACCACACCGACAACCACCACCACUCCAACCACAACGCCAACCACCACACCUACCACAACGCCUACUACCACACCCACUACAACCACGACAACAACGCCUACAACGACAAUGACGUCUAUACCUUGUACGGCAGUAGUCAACUGUACCGUUCAUUACACAUGCGGCCCAUACGGUCGCCGAGAAUGUCUGGCAGGAUGGACGGGGGCUGAUUGCGAUACAAUGAUUCCUGGAGGAGAGGCAGAUUGCGAUUCAUUUGGUUUGAAUAAAAACUGGUGUAAUGGACAUGGGAGUUGUUAUAGGUUUGCUAGCGGUCUUGAAGAUUACCAGUGUUGUUGUGAUCAAGAUUACAAAGGCCGGCGUUGCGAGGUCGGACCCACCACCACCACAACAACAACAACCUCAAUUCCCUGUACUCCGACGAAUGACUGUGAAAGGCACUACACAUGUGAUCCUCAUGGUCACAAGAUCUGUAUUGCGGGAUGGACGGGGGUGAACUGCGAAACAAAAAUUGUAGGAGGCGUUGCAGAAUGUGACAACUUUGACUUGAAUAUAGACUGGUGUAGCAGUCAUGGAAAUUGUUAUAGAUACGGUUCACAUCUGGAAAAUUAUACUUGCUGCUGUAACCAAGGUUACACGGGAGAUAAGUGUGAGAUUGCACCCACUACAUCAAGCCCUACAACAAGUUCCACAACAACAUCCACAUCAACAUCUACUACAACUCCAACUACCCUGCCAAGCACAUCUAAAGCAACACCAACUACAAAGACAUCAACAGUUUCUUCUACAUCCACAGUUUCAACGAAGUUGUCUCCUGCACCAAGAACCCUACCUGUGACUUCUACAGCCAAAUCUACUUCAACGGCAACAUCUACAUCGAGACCUUCAACGUCUUCAACUGCAAGACGUACAACGAAAGCUGCAACAUCAACCACUACUAAACCAACUUCAAGUUCAACAACUUCAACGACAAACACACCAUCUACAAAGAGUUCUUCUACAACUACGUCCACCACCACACUUCCAACAACAACAAAGAAAACAACAUCAACUUCAACGUCGACUACAACAAUACCAACUACAUCUGCUUCAACUACAACUACAACAACAACACCCAGUACAACCACCUCAACAACAACAACUUCAACAAGCACAUCCACUACUACCACAACUCCUUCAACAACAAGCACUACAACUUUAGCUACAACAACUUUGUCAGCUUGUCCAGGACAUUUUACUUGUUCUCGCGGAGGACAGCAGAAAUGUCUUCCUUGGUUCCAGGGACCAAACUGUAAUGUUCCAAAGGCAGGGCAAAGUGAUAUAUGUGCUAAAUAUGAUAAUGCCGAAAGCAUUGCAAGCAUAUGGUCUGGUAAUUAUUCCUGUGCCUCAGACACACAGUCCACAGUUUUUAAUUUGAGAGUAACUCAUCCUGGUAUGGGUCCAGCCAUUCAAGGUCAUUUAUUCAUUCAAGGUCAAGAAACAAUUUUCAACGGAAUCUUUGCAUCAUACCUCAAGUCUAUUACUCUGCAGAGUCAAACGAAACUAGUAGAAAUACACGGUGUUUUGAAGACGCCAUUGAAAUUGGAGGGAGCUAUUGUUUUCAAGACUAAUCAACAGUCAAGAAAUGUUUGUCAACUAGAAAUGACUAGAGCUGAUGGAAGCGGGUGUAGCAGCACCGCAGCACCAAUGACAACAACAACAACAGAAAAGCCAACAACCACAACAGCGGUAUCUUAUUAUGAGGACAAGGUCUACUCGGAUUAUUUAGAAAUAGUGGACGAUGAGUAUUCUGCCAAUGUCGUUAAUGAUGUCAUUAAAGAAGCUUGGGUUGAUGCAAAUGAUGAUACAGUUGUGAAAAGUAUUGAUCUGAAUGUUACUAUCCUCAGUACUACAAGUAUGUUUGAUGAUGCAGGAACUGACUUGUUGAGAGUCGACUACAAACUGAAGGUGGACUUCUUGAAUGGUCCCGUGGCCGUGAAACGGCCAGGGUUGAGUGUGCUCGAGACAGCAUUAAGAAAGCGCUACAACACAAAGGUUUACAGCGGAGAUGUGUCGCGCCUAACUGACCUAAGAUACAGUUUCACUUUUGUGAUCGAAGGACCGCGACCUACACCAGAAGACUUGACAAAGAUGGAAGAUAUUCUGUGUGAUGUAUGGAUGACAAAUAGCAGUAAAAGUCUGUUGAACUGUUCUGAUGGGGACUAUGUCAGCAUCAAGAAAACAGAAGAGUACAUCGGAGAUAAAGCAAUUGAGGUGACUAUGCUGUUCUACUAUGUGACGUACAAUGGAACAGUCAUUGAUCCUGCUGGAGUUACUACCCUUGAUGACAUAGUAUUAACCGCAAAUAUAGAAGCAGGAGUGCAAGGCAUUGUGGUAUAUGAUGGAUAUCUGGAACGCCGGUACAGAUACCAUUACGAGUUGCUGAUUGACGAUUACGUAUAUAGUGAAAAUAAAACAGAUUUCACUACCGCUAUACAAACAAUAUGGACUAACAAUAAACAAGAAUGCACUCCUGGGCACUGUAUUGUUCAUAUCAUAAGGGUAGAGAAAUACCUUCUAAAUGAAAACCAUGAAGUGUAUGGAUUGAUAUACUACGUACAUAUUGGUGUUGACUUGUUGCGCCCAGUGGUUGUUUCCGCUCCAUUGAUAACCCGGGCUUCUUUGUCAGUUAUCAAGCCUGGCAUUCACGUUGACUACAAGGUGUACGAGCAUGCGACCGGGGACAUGCUUUUGAGGUAUCGGUACCGCUGGGAAGUAAGCUUCGUAGGGGGAAUAGAUAGACGAGACGUAAGCAAGCUCACUACACAGGUCAACAGAGCUCUGAAAACAGAAAUACAUGGUUUCAAGUAUACUGCAGUCUUCAACAGAUAUAUAGCCUGUUAUACAAAACAUGGUGACCUCAUUUCCACCAUAGUAUUCUUCCUUCGUGACGCUUCCAAUCAGAAGAGAGCAGUUGAUUCCCGGUCAGUAACCACGCUCAGUGCCACGAACCUAAAAAGCUGGUUCCAGGCACACACGGUAUAUUAUGGAAGCCAGGAUUCAUAUGUUGUGUACACACUUGGCUUUCUGCCAAAUCAAGAUGUAACCCCCAUAUCUGAGCUGCAUACUCUGGAUAUAAAUGGAUAUCUAAUAUCGGAAGACAGGACAAAUUUUACCAAUCUGCUCCAAAUUACUUGGGAUUCUAUUGCAUCAGGCUACAGAAUUAUCCUGUUCAAAGAAAGAGUUGGCUAUAAAACUGCUGGUGACAUUGUCACAUCAUUCCGGUACAAGGUCACAUACAAUGGGGAAGUUGUCGACGCCUCAAAAUAUUUCUGGUUAGCUGUCCCGGUAACAGGAUAUCUCAUUCCGCACCUUAAUAUGGAGUCCGGUCUGAGCCGAAACUACACCUUCAUGCCGGGCGCAGUUGUAUAUUUUGAGGACGAGCUGUUUAAACUAACGUUUACGACACCUAUAGCAGAGUUGGACUUUCAAAAGAUACAGAAAUCUAUUAUGAAUGGGCUAGCCCUAAGUUGGUCAGAUUAUUCCUUCUUUAAGAGUGGCCUCAAGAUUGAUAUUAUCUUCCAAGAACAAGUCUUUAUUGAAAACAGGAUAGCUUGGCAGAUUGAUUUUGUCCUUUUGUACAACUAUAUGUAUUCAGUAUCACCUAAGUUUGUACAUCACAUCACGGAGAAAAUGCUUGUACCAAGUUUUAGUGUAAUCGGACAAAAUUCGCAGAAAUACAUCCUGUAUGAUGAAAUAUUUGAUGAAAACCUAGUGUUCCACAGAAGUCUUGCUUUCACUAUGAUCUUCACAGAGUCAGUCUAUGAAGUCGACUGGACUAUAAUUGAAACAAAAAUAAAUUCAGACUGGUGCUCACAAUAUGUGCUUGCGUGUAACUGGCGGGUAAAGAUAAAAAAUCAAGAGCGAGUGGUGGAUGAAUAUGGGGUUCAUUACUGGCGACUCGUAUAUUUCAUCUAUGAGUAUGCCGGAAGAGGCAUUAGAGUACAAAAUCCGGCUACAACCACUUGGCGAUCAUCAAAAAUUUCAUUUACAAGCCGAUACGGAUUUGACUAUCACCUUCUGUCUGUGGAGCGAUCAGUAUAUAUGUAUGAUUGGCUGUUCUCAUUAUAUACAAAUUCCAGUGUUGACCUACAGAAAACCAAUCUAAAAUCGACCCUUGAAUUAUAUUGGAGAAAUGUUUUUAAAGGUUUGGGCACCUCAUGGUGGAGCAACAUAGAUUUAAAAAUCUUCUACCAGGAACGAGUAACAACGUCAAGUGGCCUGGUAUGGCGUAUUCGCUAUGGCUUUUUCAACCACUCCCGUCUCGUCAACUCUGCAACAUGGCCAGCAUACAAUAUUAACUUAAUGCAGUCUUUCAUCCAUGCUGGAAGCAAUUUCAGGAUUGUAAGCUGGUCAGAAACUUCUUGGAACUACCUAUUCCAUCUGUACCUGGAUGGAAAAUUGUCAUGGUUAGACUAUGGCAAGUUUGAACAUGCUCUUGAGCUGUACUGGAUGAGAUACUAUGGAGGAUGUUCCAGCUGUGUAAAAGUGCAUAUCAAGAAUCAAGAAAAAGUUUAUACGGAUACAGGGAAGUCCUACUGGCGACUCGACUGGCAGGUUCUAGUAAAUGGAACAGAAGUCAAUCCAGCUAAGGUGGCCCCGCUUAACACCACAAAACUUUCCACGUAUAUAGAUUUUGCUGGACCCAAUGGAAACUAUAAAUUGUAUCGUGGAGAGACCCAUGGAAUGAAAUAUAUUCGUUGGUCCUACUAUAGCUGGUUGUUCACAAGGGAAUGGAUUCCACGAUCACAAUAUGAAACAUUUAGGCUUCACCUCAUUAGCUUCUACCAGAAACUGUACCCAGGUAAAAAGAUUGAGGUUGGUCUUCUUUCACAGAGGCAGUUUUGGUCACAUUCUGGAUACAAAAUAUGGGGUCUGCCAUACUAUGUAAGAGUAGAUGGUAGACUGGUAUACCCGAGGUUACUGAAGCAUAUAGACUGGUCCAAUUUUAUGAAAACUGUUGGUGUAAACACCUCCAAGAACCAGACAUACACAGCAGUAACAGAUGAACAUGUCACAGACACAAGUCUUGUACUGUCUUUGUACUUACAACACAAGAUCUCCACAUCACGAUAUCAUAAACUGGAAGUAGCUAUAGAACAUGCAUGGGUAGAGCAGCAUCCUGAAUUCAAGUCUUCUGAGGUAGAAGUUCAUAUAGAGGGACAGGAGGAAACUGUUGACUACUAUGGCCGCACAGCUUGGCAUCUCGUGUAUUCACUGAAAGUAAAUGGCACAGUGUUGGAAAAACAGAGUGUAGGCAGCUUGAACAAGACUCUGUUAGCUACAGAACUUAACUCUGACAUGUCAACUAGAUCAAGCAUACAGCUGAGCGGUCUCCAGUCCACGGACCUGUUUUCAACCAAACAGCUGCUAUCUUUCUAUGCUGACUCCUAUGUAUCCCUGGCGGAUGUUGACAAAGUUGAAACCUCACUAUCUGCAAAGUGGACCCAGUUGUUAAACCAGUCGGUUAAAGUACAUGUAGUUAGACAGAAAGAGUAUACCAGUCUGUCAGGAGCAAGUGCAUGGAAACUGCAAUACUUACUUGAAAUCAAUGGUUCAAGAGUUCCAGCAGAACAGCUUAUGAAUGUAGACCUUGACCUUUUGGCCAAAGCCGUUUCAAAUGUCAAGGGCACUGAAGGUCAAACUUACACGGUAUUAAAGUCAUCUUCGGGUUACUACAGUUAUGAGAAACGUUAUUCUGUGUUAGUUGACAAAAAGGUUACCGAAUCUGCAAAAAAAUUGUUUGAAGAAAGGCUUUUGUUGGCAUGGAAACAGUCGAAACCAGAAUGGAGCAAUAUACAGGUCCAUAUACUAACACAGGAAGAGCUGAUUGACCAACAUGGUAAAUCUUCAUGGGAGCUUGCCUACUUUGUUACUCACGGCAACACAUCAGAGACAGUUGACUCUAGGGAAGUUGAUAGUAUUGAGUCAACUGCAGUAGGAAGUGUUGACAGCCCCAACGGCCCUUAUAAGAUAACCAUACCUAGUCAGCUGACUGAGUUUAAAAGGUAUGAGAGAUACGGUUUCUCUGUGUAUUUGGACCACAAGCUUGACAGAGGAGCUCAGAAGAGUGUGGAGUUGGUGCUGGCUAAUGAAAUAAAAAGGACACAUCAAAAUGUAGAUGUAGAUGUGAAGUUCGGAAGGUUUGAAGAGUAUUUGGAUUUGAAUGGCGACACAGUCUGGAAAACAGUCUACUUUGUUAAUAAUCAUGACCAACUAGUACCAGUAAAUGGACUUAAAACUUUGGACCAGUCCAGCCUUAACGCUACACUCAGCUUCACUGAUUUCCGCGGGGAGACAUUUUCAACCGUAAAUGCAUCUGGCCGACAGUUAAUUCACUAUCGUGACAGUUUCCAUGUACUCUUGACAAACAAGUUGUCGCCGAUGUAUUAUUCCGAUGCACAGGACUACUUACUGGCUGCCUGGAAAAAUACGUCAGCUGAGUACAAUCAAUGUAAUUGUAUAUCAGUGAAGAUCACUGGGACGGAGGAGGUUGUUGACACGGAAGGUCAUACCUACUGGCAGCUAAAUUACUUCUUGCUGAAGAAUGGAAAAGCUGUUCAAUCCAUGACCUCGGAACCCUUGAACUUGACCUACUUGAAGAAAUCAAUGAGUACAGUAAAUGUCACAGACAUUGUAGAAGCAAAGCAGACAGAAAGACUGGUCCUAGCAUUUUCAUUCUACUUGAAUCAGAAUUUGAAUGUCAAAGUAGACACAGUCAACAAGCUAGGACAACAAUUUGCACAUACUCUGGAAGCGACAUGGAAAUCUAAAACUGCAGGUUUCUCAUGGCAACUUACACCUAGUGUGGAGGUCAGCAGAAGCAGGCAGUUUAUGGAUAUUAAAACAGGUGACUCUGUUUGGAAAAUAUAUUACUUCAUGUGGGAUGGUUGUCGACCUUCGUGUGACCCUCUUGACCCUGAUACACUUCCUGUUGUCAAGCCAACCGAAAUCCAAAAGAACAUCCACUUUAAAUCUCCAAUGAACACCGAUUAUGUUGUCAGUGACGCGCCAACCGUUGUCGAUUACCGCUACCAUUUCAAUGUAAAUAUUUCCCGAGAAAUGAGAGAAGUGGAUAAAACAAAGUUUGCUGACGUCAUUCGUUCUGUAUGGAACGCUACUGCCGCUGAAUCCAAAUAUGGACAAAUAAAAAUUUACAUCCCAAAACAAGAAGAAUUUGUCACAGUUGAUUAUCUCGGCAGUCUUCAAGGGUUCACAUUCUGGAAAUUGGUUGUAUUUAUCGAGCAAGGUGGGGAAGUUGUAGACCGUGAAAUAAGCUCUCCACUCAACCAUGACGACCUCAACCGUCUAGUGACUUUUUCCUCGGCCAACAACAAGCACUACAGUGUCGUUAAGACAAGUGACUUCAAAACCAUCAAGAGCAAUGCUCUGUUCACAUUCUACACUAGAGAACAGAUAAAGUAUGACGACAUCACGCCCGUACAAUCACAGCUCAAUCAGAUUUGGACUACACUGGCUUUCCAUGAUGCUGGUGUGAAAGCUGAAGUUGUGUCUCAAGAAAACUUCAUUCACAAACAAAGGUAUACAUGUACCGUGGAAUUAUUCCGAUCAAAUAAACAUUCUCAAAUGCACCCUUGA